AUUUCAGUCCCCUGUAAGGAUGAUAUCAUUAGCAAUGUGAAUAAGAAAAUGUAAACAAAUAAAUGUUAAAUCAAACUCCGAGUUUCUUAACACCACAAUGAGCACGCUUGACAGCUGUUCAUAAACACAAAAGCGUAAACUCGAGUUUAUGGCGCAAUGUGACCAUAAUUUACACAAAUAUCUUUUACUAAAUAUUUUAUAUCGAAAAUUUGCAUAAAAUAUAAAUUUAUUGGACGUUGCAGCUCUGCAGAUCUUGAAUUCAAACGCAAACUUGGCAGCACUUUGUGAGAAACUGACAACUUAAAUUUACGUUCUCUGGAUGUCACUUUUGACAUUUGCGUUCAUUUUGAAAUUUACAAACGGAAAAGCGAAAAGCGCGAUAGUCCGCGAUUUUGCUUGCAAGCAUUUAAUUAAGCUCUUAAUUAAUUCCAGAAUCCCAAGAGUUUAUAGUUUUAAAAGUAUUUCAAGAUGAAAAAACUACAAAAGAAACCCCCGAAUAGAACUGAUUUAGCUAAGAUGAUAAAAGAAGUGCCUGAAGAAUACCAACACCACAUUCAGUCAAUGUCGCUUAAAAUGAUGCAGCACCCCGCAUAUGGACAUCCUUACGAGUGGAGUACCAGAGAUUUUGAGAUGGGCGCUCCCUUAGGACGUGGAAAAUUCGGGCGCGUCUACCUAGCUCGCGAACGCACUUCUAAUUAUAUAGUAGCUAUGAAGGUAAUGUUUAAAGCUGAACUUGAGAAGGGAAAUGUACAGCGACAAGUUUUGAGGGAAAUUGAAAUACAAACUCGACUGAAGCACCCAAACAUUUUGCGUUUACUCACAUGGUUUCAUGAUGAAAGUCGAAUUUAUCUUGCAUUAGAAAUUGCAUCGGAAGGAGAAUUGUACAAACAUUUACGCAAUUCCCCACAUCGACGUUUUGAGGAACAACGCGCCGCUAAGUAUACAUACCAAGUGGCUGAUGCACUUGAAUAUUGUCAUUUGAAUAAUGUAAUACACCGCGAUUUGAAGCCAGAAAAUAUAUUGCUGACAUCUUCAGAUGAUGUCAAAUUAGCUGAUUUUGGUUGGUCGGCACACACACUAUCUAACAAACGUAAGACUCUGUGCGGCACUUUAGAUUAUUUGCCACCAGAAAUGGUGGAUGGUCAUAUAUACGAUCACACCGUCGACCAGUGGUGCUUAGGUAUUUUAUGUUAUGAAUUUUUGGUGGGUUGUGCACCCUUCGAAUCGAAUGAUAAUGAGAAAACUUACGAAAAAAUUAGACGAUUGGAAGUUCAUUAUCCUAAUCAUUUGAGUGCUGGAGCUAAAGAUCUUAUUUCUAAGUUGUUGCGUAAAUCGAAUAAUGGCCGCAUAACUCUCGUAGAGGUAAUGAAACAUCAAUGGGUUAAGGAGAACAUGGCUAAACGGAACGCAUAUAUAGCGGAGAAAUUGAAGCGUGAGAAGGGUCUUGAGUAGUCUGCAUUUACUUAGUUUUUGAAAGCACAUUUAUAUGUAUACUUUUUAAUUUAAUAUAUUGCCGUUUUCUAAUAAUACUGAUCAUACAUUAAAAAAAGCCGUUUACUUAAUCGAUGAAGAAUGUCGAGGUUUGAGUUUCUAGGUUCGGAGUAACCCAAGCCAAUAAUUGAGGGAAGAAUUUCGUAAUUUUCGUAACUGCUUAAUAAAAUUAUGAUUAUAAUUAAUCUAAUCGUAAUUAAGAAAAUGUUGAUUUCGAUUCACUGAUAUUCGGUACACGUUUAGUAGUUAAGUAAUAAUGUAAAUCAAAAUGAAGCUUAAUGUACUGCGUGUCUAGUGACAAUAUGUACAUGCAUAUGUAUGUAUAUUAAAAGUGUUCGAAAAGCAAUACAAUAAAGUAGACUUCAUUUUUGGAAAGAAAUGUAUAAUGGGGCGGAUUCUUUGUUUCGUACGGUUCGAAAAUCAUGGAAUUUUCCUAUAAUUUUUUAUAAAAAAAAAACUCAGUGCGUGUGUGUACUACGCGCGGAGGAAGUGAAACUUAAUUGAGGAAAUGCCUGAAAGAAAGAAAUAUGCGAUACACAAGCAAAUGUACAUAUUUUCUAAUAUACAAAAAACAUAUUUAUUUAAAAUUUUGUUUACGACCUUUAAUUUUGUAUCUUUUAUAACCAACUGGAAAGUUUAAUUAUUAUUUGUGGCUGAAAACACAUACAUAUCUACACUGUUAACUAGCAGAUUGGGUAGCUAAAGUAAGAUAUGAAAUGUCAAUUUCAAAUUUCAAUAUUUUUAAUAUUUCUGGAAAAACCCGCAAUGGUAGCCGCUCCUUUGGUUGUUGGAUCAUUUCCACCAUUAACCAUUUCCAGUGAAAAUUUUGCUUUAAAGAAUUUUGUCAGUUCAUCAGAUUCAUCUGCAUCUUCA